AUGGCGUCCUUGCCGCAGGACGUGUCCGGCAAGGGUGAUGGCGGAGUGAUGAAGACACGCAUCUACAGGGAGGGCAAGGGCGAUGUGCCGGAGCUGCAUUCGCGCUGCCUGGUCCACUACACCGGCUAUGUUCUCUCGUCGGAAGGACAGAGCUGGGACGAGGAGAUUUUCCACGACACCCGCGACGAGCCAGGCGCCGACCCGCGCGUCAUCAUCUGCGGGCGCUUCGUGCUCAAGGAGGCCGCCCUGAACCUCGCCGUCGCCUCCAUGCGGCCCGGCGAAAAGUGCCGCAUCGAGGUGGAGUCCAAGUACGGUUUCGGCGAGCGAGGCAACUUCUCGUUCCCGCACGUGCCGCCGAACGCCCGCCUCGCGUACGACCUGGAGCUGGUGGCGGUGGAGCCCCCAUCCGACGAAAAGGACGUGUCGCAAAUGCUGUUCGAGGAGCGCCUCGAGGCCGCGGACCGCCGGCGGCUGCGCGGCAACGCGCUGUUCGCCGAGGGCGGCGCGAAGGACGACGAGGCCUGUGCGGCGUGGGCGUCUGGGCUGACGUUUUUGGACGACGACGUAGUGAUGCAGCUCGAGGGGGCGUACCUGGAGCAGGCGCUCAAGGUCCGGCUCGCGCUGCACCUGAACACCGCGGCGGCGAUGUUGCGGAUGCCGGAGUACCCGAACCACCUCCAGGAGGCAGUCGAGCACACUUCGAAAGUUCUGAAUUACCAAAAGGACAACUUGAAGGCGCUGUUCCGACGAGGGGUGGCGUCGUUGCGGCUGGGCGACAUGGACGGCGCGAAGCGCGACCUCGAGCGCGCCGCCAAGCUCGAUCCGGAGGACAAGGCGGUGCGCAGGGAGCUGGCGAGGGUGCGCCAAGAACAGCGCGCGCUGCGGGAGGCGCAGCGGGACAUGUUUGCGGGGAAGUUCGGGGCGCGGGCGCCGGAACCCGCGGAGAAAAAGGCGGAGAGGCCGAGGGAAGAGGCGGCGGCGGCGGGUGCUGGAGCUGCGGAUGCGGCAGUGGCGGAGGGGGGGGUGGAGGGUCAGGCGCCCGGGUGGCUUGGGUGGGUGCUGGCGGCGGGGGCGAUCGUGGUGAUCGCGGCGUUGCAGCUGGUGGGGCUUGUGCGCCGGCACGAGGUUUGGAAGGCGCCGUGA